CUCUCUGUGAGAGAGAGAGAGAGAGAUCAGCAACAGAGCAGCGUCUCAAAAGCCAGGACCAGCAGCAUGAAAACUUUUCGUUCUAACAAUUCUCCUUUUCCCUCCAAACAUCACUUUGACUUCUAGAAGAGUCUUAAUGAAUUCCCGUCGAAACGCCCCUGAAAGUAAAACUUAGCCAAGCGGAAGUUCGCGCGGUAGGAAAUCGGAAAAAGUCGAAAGAUUGAGAACUAUAUAAUAAUCGUUGAUCUUGCUGUGAGAGCGAGAGAGCAUUUUGAAAAUGGACACUCACGUUAAGGAGGGACAACUGUACGUCCAGCAUCAGAAGUUUGGAAAGAAAUGGAAGAAAAACUGGUUUGUGCUCUACCCUGCGAGUCAAAACGGCAUUGCACGGCUGGAGUUUUAUGAUUGCUCGGGCAGCUCCACUGAUAAACCUAGCACUAAGAAAAUGGACAAGAAGAUCAUUCGUCUGUCUGAGUGCAUCAGCAUACUUCCUGCUGUCACUGAAACCUGUCCCAAAGAAAACAUGGCCGCCUUCUGUGUGGAGACCAAUGACAAGACUUAUGUCUUUGCAGCUGAGAAAAACGUGACCAACGAGUGGGUGGAGAAGAUGUGCGAGAUUGCUUUUCAGGGAGGAACUGGUUCUCUUGUUAGUAUUGACUCAAAUGGACAGCAAGAGCUUCAAAUGGCAGAAAAUCUAAUUUAUUUCUCCAGAGAGGAAGUUAAUGAGUUUUGGGUGAGUGUCCAGAGGACAGAAGCAUCAGAGCGCUGUGGUCUCUCUGGUAAUUACUGGCUCAGGGCUAAUGUGGACAACCUUAUCCUGAAGGACCCCAAGACUAAAAAGGAUUUACUCGUAUGGCCCUACAAGCUUCUCCGGCGCUACGGAAGAGACAGGGUUAUGUUCUCUUUUGAAGCCGGGAGAAGAUGUGAAUCUGGGCCAGGGAACUUCACCUUCGAGACAAAGCAGGGAAAUGAAAUAUUCCACAUUGUUGAGAAAUCCAUUCGGGAGCAGAAAGCCCAAGCUGAAGAACGACAUCAAAGUUGUCCAUCAUUAGACUCUGACUGCCCAGCUCUCCAGCAGAUCCGUGCUGCCAUCUCAGAAGCAAGCAGUCGUGAACCAGACGGAGAUUCUGGCGGUAGCAAGCCUGGGUCUGCGGAUGGUGUCUUUGGUAGAAAGGAGAACGAUGGGAAAAAUUUAAAGGGCCGAAGCCUUCCAGAGCCGCCACCUCCCGUUGGUGGGACCCCACCGCGAUCUCCCAUGCCACGUGGGUCCAAAAACCUCUUGGAGGACCAAGGGAGUCUAUACUCGGAGCCUGCCGACUCUGUCCGCCAGCCCAGUCCAGGAGACUGUUUAUACUCAGACCUGGACAGUAUUAAAGUCAUGCCCACUCCUAACCCACGCCUCAGACCCACUGGUGACGAUGGGGCUAGCCGCCUCCCAGGCAUUAAGCCUGAUCCAUUCUAUUCAGACAUCUAUGAUCAGAUCAGUUUGGACUUGGUGCAGAGGACGGUGGGAUUGGGACUCAAUGGGCGAAGCAGGUAUCCUGCAGAUGGAGGUCCAACAGAGCACAUCUACGAUGAGCCAGAGGGACGUGCCGUAUCUGCUCAGCCUAUCAUCAUGCUUUAUGAUUUAAGACAUCCCUGGAGAACCAGGGGAAUGGAGGAGCCUCAAGGUCACGAGGUGGCUCAACAACCAGUGCCAGUGCCCAGACCAAAAGGCCCCAAACCUGUUACAGCACCCAAAACCAGGUAAAGUAGCACUCCCAAGAAAGACCCUCCUCCGCUGCCUCAAAUUAAAGGCAGUGCUAACCUGAACAACAAUAACAGUAGCAACAGCCAUAACAACAAGGAAAGUGACAGAAGAGGUGCUGGUGCGGGAAACAGUGUGGAGCUUUACAGUAAAGUAUCUAGACAUCAGUUGCCUCCGAAUGCGUGGCAUCCUACCAUGCAGCCUCCAGACAUCAUCUAUGACAACUUGGGUGACAUUUGACCUAACCUUUUCAUUUAGUCAGUCUGGUCUUCUUUUCCUUAACCUUCAGAUGUUUCAUUGAAGGAAAGGCGUUUAUGGUUAACAAGGGAGUCCUCAGCGCCAGUGCUCGGAUCGAAACCUCAGUCAUGUAGUCAAUGACAGUCCGAAUGAUUGAGAGCUGAGACUAUGCAAAACUUUUAUGUGGAUAAUGCCCUCUGAAAGGGCUUGUACUGGCACAUGCCAGAUUUUUGCACUUCUUGGGCAAAGUAAUCCUGUUUUGUAAAUUUGAGUCUGUGACUUUUGUAUCGGAAGAGAUUAUAAAGCACUUGUCAUAACACUCUGCUCCCUGGAGAAUUUGAGUGUUGUUGUGUGAAUGUUAUCUGCCAGAAGCAAUUUAACGGUUAAAGUGCAAAGCCGUUUUUGUACGUACAAACCUUGCAUUGUUUUGCAUGGGGAUUGUA